AUGAACGGACAUUACGAAAUUGUUCACUUACUUCUUUCUGAAGGGGCUACAAUUAAUCAGAGAAAUAAUGAAGGAUAUACACCUCUGCUUAGAAGUUGUGACAGUGGACACUUCAAAACAACUCAAAUAUUGUUAGAAAAGUCUGCUGAUGUUAACAUAUGUGAAAAUAAUGGUUGGUAUCCGCUUCAUAUUGUGGCUUAUGCUGGAUAUGAUGACCUUAUAAGUCUUCUUGUCAAACACAAAGCAAAUGUUAACCAGCAAAUGCCUAAUGGAAUGACUCCAUUGUACUUAGCGUGCAGUUCUGGUAAAUUUAAUGCAGUACACUUAUUGUUAGUUGACUACAAGGCCGAUGUGAACAAAUGUGAAAAUUAUGGAUGGUCUCCAUUGCAUAUAUCUUGCCAGACAGGAUUUACACGCAUAGUUAAAUUAUUACUACAAAAUGGUGGGAAGAUCGAUAUAGGUUUCAAAAAAAGAGAUACACCAUUGUAUAACGACUGUGUUGAAUUUCAAGGUACUAUGAACGAUAAAGCGCCUUCUUGUGACGACUUCAUUCACCAUGAUAAAUCUAUUCCAGCCUAUGAAAUUGGUCAAGUUGAUAAAAGAUACUGUAUAGCCGGUCGGACACCGAUAUUUUUGGCUUGUCAGUUUAAUCAGCUCGAAGUAGCAAAAAUGCUGUUAACAUAUAAAGCUGAUGUUAAUAAAUGUAAAGACACUGGAAUGAGCCCAUUAAAUAUUGCUUGUAAAAAUGGUAACGAAGAUAUAGUAAUAUUAUUAUUAGACCACGAUGCUCUCGUUAACUCUUUCCUUGACAAUGGCAUCACUUCACUAGAGUUUGCUUGUUUAUAUAGUCAGGACAACGUAGUACAGAAAUUAAUUGAGUACGGUGCUGUAGUAAAUGAUGGCGAUAAGGACGGAAAAACACCAUUACAUAUUGCUUGUGAAGAGGGUAACGGGGAAAGAGUAAAACUAUUAUUAAAAUUCGGAUCCUUAAAUACUCAUUUUGAUGACAAUGGGUAUACUCCAAUGCAUUCUGCUUGUUUAAGAGGUCAUAAAAACGUAGUCGAGUUUUUACUUAACAGUGGCGAAUCAGUGAAUAAAGUAGGAAAGGAAGGACAAACGCUUUUGCAUAUUGCAGCAACGAAUGGUGAUACAGAUCUGAUCAAGUUCCUUAUUGAUAAAAGUGCAAAUGUCAACUUUACUAUGGAUAAUGGACGGACACCUUUUACCGCAGCUUGUUGGUCAAACAAUUUGGAAACAGUAAAACUGUUGCUAAAUCAUAAAUCUGACAUUUUUAAGUGUGAGAAAAACGAUUGGAGUGCAUUACAUAUAGAUUCUGAUAACAACCAAAACGAAAUAGUGUCACUCUUAUGUGAUCACAAUCCUCAGCUGGUUCAAAUCAUAAAUAGUGAAGGCAAAACGUCAUUACAUGUUGCUUGUGAAAAUGGACUUGAAGAUAUAGUCAAAAUAUUAUUAGAUGCCGGCGCUUCCAAUGAUCAAUGGGAUAUCAAUGGAUAUACUCCAUUUCAUUCCGCUAGCUCAAGUGGUCAUACAAAUGUUGUUGAGCUUAUCUUUAACAGUGGCGAAUCAGUUAAUAAAGAGUGCAAGAAAGGACAAACACCAUUACAUAUUGCAGUAACUAAUGGUGAUACAAAUUUGACCAAGUUUCUUAUCGAUAAAGGUGCAGAUGUCAACUUUGCCAUGAAUGAUGGACGGACUCCGGUAUCUGCAGCUUGUCAUUUAAAUAAAGUAGACAUUGUAAAAGCAUUGCUGAGUCAUAACGCUGACGUCAAGUGUGAGAGAAAUGGUUGGAGUCCAUUACAUAUAGCUUCUAAUCACAAUCUAAAGGAAAUAGUGUCACUCUUAUGUGACCACAAUCCUCAGCUGGUUCAAAUUAUUAAUAGUGAAGACAAAACGUCGUUACAUGUUGCUUGUGAAAAUGGACAUGUAGAUAUAGUAAAAUUGUUAUUAGAUGCCGGCGCUUCAUAUCAUACCUGUGAUAACAAUGGAUAUACUCCAUUCCAUUCUGCUUGUUCAAGUGGUCAUAAAAACGUAGUUGAACUAUUAGUCAAAUGUGGCGAAUCAGUUAAUAAAGAGGGCAAGAAAAGACAAACACCGUUGCAUAUUGCAGUAACUAAUGGUGAUACAAAUUUGACCAAGUUUCUUAUCGAUAAAGGAGCAGAUGUCAACUUUGCAAUGAAUGAUGGACGGACUCCGAUAUAUGCAGCUUGUCAUUUAAACAAAGUAGACAUUGUAAAAACAUUACUGAGUCAUAACGCUGACGUUUUUAAGUGUGAGAGAAAAGGAUGGAGUCCAUUACAUAUAGCUUCUAAUCACAAUCUAAAGGAAAUAGUGUCACUCUUAUGUGACCACAAUCCUCAGCUGGUUCAAAUCCUAGAUAGUAAAGGCAAAACAGCAUUACAAAUUGCUUGUGAAAAUGGACAUAGAGACCUAGUCAAAUUAUUAUUAGAUGCCGGCGCUUCCACUGAGCAAAGGGAUAACAAUGGAUAUACUCCAUUUCAUUCCGCUAGCUCAAGUGGUCAUGAAAACGUAGUCGAUCCCAGCAGGCACAACAACGUUGAAUCAACAUUGAAUACACGUCAGAUUUCAACGUUGAAUCCAUGUUGA